AAAAUGGUGUCAUCCAAAAUAGGAAUCAGCAGGUCAGGCUUUUAAACACUCAGUAAUCAGCGAUCGGCCAAACAAACUGCAAUCAGAGCAAUCCUAAUGGAAAUGCAGCUAGUGGAAACUGUGUCACUAUAUAGCCUCACCAAUUAUGAAUAGAGUUUUAUCAGGCUGAAGAACGAAUCCCGUAAAGUCCUUUAGCUUGUGUUAGUCAGGACGUAGUGACUGAAAAGUUUUCAUCCUCUUUCAUGUUUUGCUCUUAUAGCUUAUAAAAAUUGAUUAUGAUCAAUGGCUUUUCAAGGCUGAAACUGUCCACAGGACGAGGAAGAAGGUGCUGGGCAAAUCAAGAUCUUGAUGCAGAGAUUAAAUCUUAUAACCAGUUUGGAGUCCGUAUUAGCUUUAGUCUGUAGCAGAGGAGGAGGAGUCUGGGGUUCUCUGCUGUUCACAUAGAUUAGAUAGUUUGUUGUAAAAAUACAUCAUAUGGAGGAGGAUGUGGACAUUAUUUUUCUGUUAUCUUGAAUAAUUGAGGGAAAAUGAAGAGAACAGAAAGAAGAAACUAAGGGGUAAAGAAAUGUUUUGGGUAAGGUUUCACUGAAAUAUUUCUGCAAAGGAAAAUAACCUAAGGUUUCUAAAAACAGCAUCUUGUUAAGUUUUAUCUAUGCAUUUGGGCAAUUCCAGCUGGAAAAACUACAAUCUAAGGUGCUAUUUAAAAAAAGGGAUACUGUUCACUGGGAAAAUUCAAACAGCAGGAAAUUUAAAAUGCAAAAGUGUAAUUUUUCACCACUUUAUAAUUACUGCCUCAUUAGUGAUGUGUUUUUCCCUGUCAAAAAGAGUUUUAAUUUUAAUGACUGGACCCAUGCAGAAUGAUUUCCAUCUGGCUAAAAUAAAGACUAAAGGAUUUCCUCCACUCUCAACCUCAUUUUGUUCCUGCGAUCAGUCAACCUGGCACGACAGAGAGAGACCGGGUAUUGGGGGCCGGUGUCUGGUUUUGUCUACAGCGGCGUAACAUUUUUUAGCAUUUUUUUUAACUAGUUACUUCCACACCACUUGUUUCAUUAUGCUGAUCUGUGAAGUGGAACGUAACGCAGUCGGAGUUGAGAGGUCAGGGGCUCCCGCUGCCUAGAAACAUACAGUCUAAUAUUAGAACAUUUCCUUGAUUUGUUAGCAGCAUCUCUGCUGACUGCUGAGCACAUGGCAACAGGCCGACCAAUAGGAUUUCAGGAGACUACUAAGCCCCUUCCUCUGUAUAGCAACAGUGGCAUCCUUUCCUUAUUUAUUUAUAUAGGAGUUUUUUUCCCCUUGCUGUCUCAUUCUCAUGCUCGUGUCCCCAACAGUGCAUCCUCACUGUGGAUCAAACUGUGAAAAAGAGUUGCAGUGUGAAGAGCUGCACCAAUGCAGCUUUUUCUCCACCUUCACCUCCACUGGCUCUAAAAUCCACACUUUGUAGUCUUUUUUCCCCCUUUUUUUCUUUAGAAUGCACUUUAAAUAUAAUUGUAGUUUCUCCUGCACACUGCAUUUAAAAGUGUGGCCACUGACUUUGAAUCAGGCUGAAAUUCAAGAAGCUCCGUGAGGAAGAGAUGAAAAACCUGGAGGAAUGACAGCGUGGGAAAAUGUGCUACUUCAAAGGGACAGAUAACACCCAACAGGAGAGGAUCUGAAGAAGAUGGAGAGCUGUGGAGGAGACGCUUCACGGGAUAGGAGGAGCGGGAGGCGUUGGGGGGCGGAGGGACACAGGAUGGCGUGAGGACAUAGGCCGGUGGUUGGUUUGAUCGGAGCCACGUGUGCGUCCAGCAACGUCUCUUCGCCGCUUCAUGGAUGUCGACGAGACGCUGGUUUCCCACGCUGCCCCGGUCUCCUCCGUCUUGGCCCAGGUUUCUUGGGAAAAGUUUAUUCAUGAAUCCUUGAAGAAAUCAAUCUGUUGUUCAUCUGCAUCCUCAAGCUUUGUUAAUGGGACUCAUUACUUCUGAUAUGAAUUGCUUUAAAUAAGCAGAACUGUGCUUGAGCUUAGGAGCUCUAGAUAAAGACGAGCACAGACCGGAUCUACUGGCGAUGCCAUCAGCCUGCUGUACGAUGUGUUUAAAACUGUGGCUGAGCAACGGGACCUUGGACUACGUUGGCAACACUGAGCAGCCAUGAUCUCCGCACUUCCACCAUCUGAUCGGUCAGCCAUGAGGGCAUCUCUGAGCUGAUAGUAUGUGGUCAGCAGCACUGUGGCCCACCUUCCUGCUUCACCCUCAAUAAAACCAAGCUGGACAAUUCAGUCGACGUUGUGAAAAUGGCAGCGGAGAGUUUCCAGCUAGGGACAGACGACGAGCUCCAGGCUGCGUCAUCGCUAGCAUCCCUCCAUCUCAGGGACGGCAUUGGGAUCGGGAACACUGGCCACAUGGAGAACAAUCCAGAGCCCGAUGCUGCCCUUCCUGUGAUUACAUCACCACCUCCUGACCAAUCACAGCAGCAAGCAGAGAUCGCUCCACCAGCAGAUCAAGAGUUCCUGGAAACAGAAAAGGACCAAAACGACGGCGAGGAGCAAGCUUGCAUUCGGACACCGGUUCCUCAGCAGCUCUCCUCCCAUUGUGCUCAAGAUCAUGAGAAUCCUGACCUGAAACCAACCAACACUAGCAAAGAAGGAGAUAUCCCACCAGAGAACAACAUAACCAAAGCGAUGGCAGCCUCUGACAUCAGCAUUGAUAAUCAGCAGCUGUCUGAUGCAGAAUGGUACUGGGGCAACAUUUCAAGAGAGGAGGUAAAUGAGAUGAUGAGAAACACUCCUGAUGGUACAUUUCUGGUACGAAAUGCUUCCAGCCGGAUUAAAGGGGAAUACACGCUGACUCUACGAAAAGAUGGCUACAACCGACUAGUAAAAAUCUUCCAUCAAGGGGGGAAGUGCGGCUUUUCUGAGCCACUGACUUUUCCCUCACUGGUAGACCUUAUCCAGUACUACCAGAAGAAAUCACUAGCCCAGUACAACUCUAAGCUGGAUAUCAGGUUACUUUACCCAGUUUCCAGAUACUAUCAACACCAUGUGAUGGAGAUCGAUAUUGCAGCAAUCGGAGAACAGCUGAGGAUAUUUCAGGAUCAAUACAAGGAGAAAAGUCAAGAGUAUGACCAUCUAUUUAAGGAGCUGAACCAAACCUCACAGGAGCUCCAGAGUAAGCGAACGGCCAUUGAGGCUUUCAGUGAAAUUAUUCGGAUCUUUGAGGAGGAGUGUGAAACCCAAGAACGCUACAGCAAGGAAUACAUCGACAUGUUCCUCACAUUAGACAGCAGCACAAAAAAUGACAACAGAAUUCAAAACAACUCUGAUGAACUGCAGUCCAGGGUGGAGGAGAUCCACAACAGCAAGAAGAUGUUGGAGGAAGAACUGAGGACAAAAGCACUGGCUCACAUGGAGGUCGACAGGAAAAUUACUAGACUGAAGCCUGAUCUUGUACAGCUCAGAAAAAUCAGAGAUCAAUACCUUCUAUGGCUAACCCAGCAAGGCAUGAGACAGAGUCAAAUUAACAACUGGUUCGGUGUUAGACCUGAAGAAGACCCUUACACCCUUGAAGAUGACACCCAUGAGGAAGAGAGGAGUUGGUACGUUGGAGGUAUGAGACGAAAAGAGGCGGAGGAGCUGCUGAAAGGAAGGCGGGAUGGGACAUUCUUGAUCAGGGACAGCCAGACUCAGAGGGGAUCCUUUGCUUGCUCUGUUGUCGUGGACGGAGAUGUCAAACACUGCGUGAUCUACAGGACGUCUACAGGUUACGGCUUCGCUGAGCCCUACAACUUGUACUCGUCGCUGAGGGAGCUUGUCCUCCACUACCGCCACACAUCACUGAUCCAACACAACAAGCAGCUGAAUGUAACCCUGGCCUGGCCCGCUUUUAGUCAGCAGUCCAGCUGAGAUGCACCAGCACACCGUCCUGAUUCCCAAAGUUUCACAGCAUUAGCACGGAGGACUCACCCACACGGAGACACAGAUGAAAACAAAGAUCCUGUUAGUGAUUCAGUCAGAAGAACUAACUGGUAUGUUUUCACAUAAAAUACAAGCAUGAGCAGGAGUCUGCUUAUAAUACAGAUUUGAAGCAAUUUCAGCUUUAAUUAUGUCUCAGACUGUCUGCAGCCCUAAAAACUUAUACGCUGGUACACUUUAAGAUGUUCAGUUCAAGCUGUCUAAAGCUUGACAGCUUAAAAAAUGACACCAGUUUAUCAUGUGCUAUAAAAUACAAUCUUAGCUGUUCCAAUUAAUUUUUUCAAUUGAUCGUACUUGUUGUCUAAACCACUUUUAUUCACACAUAAACUCAUUCAACAAUAAUGCACACAUUUGUAAAAUUUAGAGGUUUAAUGUCACAUAAGGAGGAACAGAAAAGCAUUAAUAAAACCAUUUUUGCUAAAACAGUUGUAGCAGAUGGCUGUACAGUCAUGGGAAAAAAUGCAGCCUUGCUGCUAAUUAAAGGCACAAUUAAUUGGUCCUCACAUCAGCGAGUUAACGAUCACAGAGAUGGCAGAACAGGGAUGGUUUGGAGUAAACUGGUGUGUUUUAACACAAUGCCAAUGUUGAAAGACAUCAAUGACCUUCGAUAAGCAAUUUUUCAGGUUUCGGUCAAACUUGUAAAAAGCUUGAACAAUUAGAAAAGACUAAACAAGUAUGGCUGGUAUGGAAGAGAUGUCAGGAGUAAUUCUUGAUAAAUAAAGAGUGUAUUACUUAAUUAGGGUUUGCAAUGUUGCAUUUGAAUGAACUACAAGGACUUAAGGAACAGUCAAUGUCGUUUGGAAAGAUGGGACCAAAUUAGAGAAGUUUCAAUUUGAUGCACAGACAUCCUCAUCUCAACUGUGAAGCAUGGUGGUGGAGAGAGAUGAUUCUGUUUUUUUCCUAGUUGUAGACCCAUUUAUUUGACCAUAAUAUUUGUAUGCUAGAGUGAACCUCAAACUAAAUUUCUACCACAGCAAAUUUCACACCUGAUAGUCCGGUAGACCCGGUUUGAUCGGGGACCAAAUUUGCAGGUGUCAAACAAAAAAGCCGUUGAAAAACCUGUUCCCCUCCUUCAACUAUGGUAUCACUGCACCAAAAUCCUCUGAAGAAGACACUGAGCAAAACUUCCUUCUUCACAAAAUGUAAACAGAAAUGGAGUAGCAUUUUAGCUGUUCCAGGAUUUCUCUUUUGUUUUUGGUAAAAAGACAGUGAGCCUUUCUCCCCUGCUUGUGCUAUUUGAUUUUGGUUGUGCCCAGAAAGCCCUACACUGUAGUAUGUUUCCUGAUUUUGGAGAGGCCCCUGGUUUGCUUGGCAUUCACAUUUUCAUUGAAACUGCACCAGAGUUCACUUCAACCUAACAGAGACAAUGACAUUUUGGUCCAAAUUAGAGCUUGAUUGAACAGUCACACCUCCCCAAACAAACCGAACUUUUCAGGCAAACAAACUCAAAUUUGAUUAAAGUGACUAACAAGCCUGGUGUGAAAGGUGUUGAAAAAUUCAAUCUAGACAAAUACUUUACAUUGUUGGCUGCUAUUGAAUUAUGGCGUGUCUUCUGAUUGUUCUUUCCCAUGACUGUAGGUCGACUGCCUGUUUUUGCUCUUCAUUGAUAGAUUCUGACUGAGUAACAUGAAGUGGAGUAGUUAACUUCUAGAAAUACUGAAUUUUUAAACAACUUCACCCAAAGACUUAAAGGGAUGCUAAAUGCUAAUGUUUCCAGAAAAAUAUACUCAAUCCUCCUGUGGAUUAUAUUUAUUUCUAAACUAUGGUCCAAAACAAUGUACUCAAAGGUUAAUCCACACACACGUUUAAUCUCUCUGUAUUAAGACAUGUCUUCCAUGCAAUCAAACACGUUUAUUCAGGGAUGAAGGAGUGUUAAAUGUGCUCCGAGGGAAACUAAGCUCAGGAAGGGACUCUGCAAACAUGAAGGGCACUGCAGGGACUGGGGAGACACUCAAGCACUUUAUCCAGAAAAAAAUACAAAAAGGAAUAGGUUCUCCAAGAUGGCUCCUUUUUGCUGCUCUUGGCUAGUGAAACAUCUUGCUUUACUCAACAUAAAUAAAAAUUUUUCCUCUUCAUAAUGUCUCAUUUGACAGUAUAUUAUGAGAGACAAAGACCGAACAACAAUCUAUUGUUUAAAUAAAGUGAGUAAACACUCUGGUUUAGAUUAAUACUCUUAACUUUUUAUUUUAUUUUCCAAGGAUUUGAACAGAAGAUUUUCUGUUAAGUUUGUUGAUUAUAUUAUGGAUGACAUUACAAAAGGCUAAAACAGCUAGUUUACAAAUCUUUAAGUAAUUGUUGAAAGGUGCCUUUAAGAGUUUUACGCCAGCUACAAUGUUCACCUUACAGACUACAAUGGUUUGAUGAAAUCAGUAGGUUUUGUCUGGUUGGAUAUGAUUUCAUAAACAUCCAUGACGAUCAAUCAGAAGAAGGCUUUGCCUCCAAUUUAGCAGUAGAAUUUUAAGGAUGACCUACAGCACAGACCCAUUAAUAUAAAUGUCUGAGAGAAACUGCACAGAAAGGGUGUCACUGACGUUUCAGGAUAAAGCUAAUUUAGCACAUAAAUAAAAUCUGGAGAUAAUCCACGUACCACUACUAACAUCUAUGUUAUUUGUGUCGAGGAUAAUCUAAAACUACACAGUGACUUCCAUAUUCACUACCUAAAUUGCAAUGCAGGGUUUCCCCAAGUGUAUUGUAAGCCUGGCAGGCCACCAGGCUUUACUUGUGCCCCCACCAGACUUAGCAUUGCUUAUUUAUUUAAGUCUUUUUAAAAUGUUUGCAUUUUUUAAGACUUUAUAGUUGGUGUUUGGGUAUUAAUCUUCCCAAUCUUUCAAGAACACAUAAUUAUCAAGUGAUAUUUUCACAUUUCUUGUCAACUUUCAACAUUUUUUAGCUCAAAAACACGGGGCUUAGCAAGUUUUCUGGGGGAAACCUUGCAAUGCAAGCUUCUAAUAGUCCGCCAACCAAAUUUCAGUUAAAAUUUUGCUGCGUUUACAUUUCUUAUUGGGGUUUCAGAGCAGGUAAUGUUUCCAAUAAAUAUGACCAUGAAUAUAAACACCAUUAAGCUAUGUUCACACAACAAGCAAAUCAGAUCUUCUUUGCCUAUUUGCGACUUAUAUCCGACUUGUGGUCUGAUCGGCCCAAUUCCGAUUUUUCACCACCGCCCCCAGAUGGAGAAAAAUAAAUAAAAAUCCAAUUUGUGCCACUUCCCUAUUUGGUACUAAUUGAAUACCUAUCCCACUGUUUUCAUUUGCAGUCUGAACGGUCAUGUGACAUUUUAUCCAACUGUCAUGUCACUGUCGUGAGACACCCAUCAGUUAUGGUAAAUACAAACAUAAACAAUGACUGAGAAUUAUGAAAAAAGUAAGUUAAGUUGACAAACUCAGAUCAGACGAGAUGACCCGCUAAACACAUUACUAAGCGGAGGAAAAGAAACCAGCUAGCCACAAACAGAGGGCACCUGUUUUAAGUCAAUUAUUCAGUGUCACAUUAUUGGUGCUCCUGUUAGAAAUGCACUUUUAUUGCAGUAGCAUAAUCUCAAGAUGUUUAAUGGUCUCAGUGUGAUUGUCUUUCUCCAGCUCUGUUUGUCACAAUUCCAGUUUAGAGAUCAGUAGUUUGAGUGGCUGAUCUCCAAUACCUGCUUUUUGUGAAGAUCAACACAUACUGUAUAUGCUUUACUUGAAUCGCAUGAAUAAUAACGGGCUUGUGUUGAAUCAUAAUCACAACCUUGGGAAUAAUGACAUCGCGAAAUAUUAAUUCAAACUCAGAGACACUCUGAGGAAAGGUAUAAGUUUGAGGCAUAAAAUCUAAUAACGGCUUGUUUAGAUUUAUUUCGAAGGAGUUUUUAUAGGUGCUAAUAAGUGUGGAAAUGGUGAUUUUAUGAAGCACAAACAUAUUUUAGAACAUUAUUCCUCCCACACAAAAAAAUAAUAAUUCUCAAAUUUUCAGCGUGAAUUUAUAGCAUUUAAAUAAAAGUUACAUUUUAUGUGAAGAUUUUUUUUUUUAUUAUUAGAGGUCAUCAGUCUUUUCCUUAGCUACAUACAGUAUGUAAAUUGUUUACAUCCUAAUAUGUUAAGUAGUGAGAGAUGCAUCCAUUAUGGCUCUGCAUAUAUACAAAAGUUAAUGAUAAUCCAGAAGUACUGUGAUGUGAUCCAUAGAACAAAGCAAGUAUUACCUCUAAAAGCUUUAAAAUAGUUACUACCUCAGUUUGAGGUAAAACUCAAAAAAAAAAGAUGAAACACUGUGUCUAAGUUAGGAGAUUCUUAGUUUAACAUUUCCAAGCUUGUUUUCUAUUAUAAUUAUUGGCAUUUCAAUAUAAAUUGUUUACAUUUUAAAGCUAUCCAGGUAUAGUCAACUCUGGGGUAAACUGGUCUUCCACCCAGGGGCUUUGGACUGAGAGUGGCGAUGAUGUAUUGUUUGAAAAUCAAUCAAUAAAUAAAUAAAAUAAAAAAAUAAAACAAUGACCAGUAUCGCACAAUGAAGAUAUUAAUAUUUAGGUGUACAUAAUAUUUGUUAAAGGCUGAUAAAUAAUUCUUCUCUAUUAUGAUGGGUCACCUUUAAUGCAUUUCUCUCUUAACGGUCCACCAUGUGCUUGAUUGUCAUUACCUCACUUGAUGUUGUCAGUUCUGUUAGACUGUUACCUGCCGUGAAGUGAGUUGGACAGAUUUUAGCUUUUCUGGUCGUAAAAAAAAAAAAAGAAAAGGAAAAAAAAAAGAAAUUAGAAGUUGCAUGAUCUUGUUACAAUGCAUAUAAUGUGUUAGGCUGGGUACUGUUUAGAAAUCAAUUUUACCACCAGCUAGAUAAGACACUUUCUUUGCUUUUUACCUCAAAAUUAUGUAAAAUAUUUUCCUUUAUUUGUGCGACUUGUUAUUGCCAUGAUUUGUUGUAGUUUUUCCAUUUUAAACGACACAGUACAGAGUAGCUGGCUCAUGUUUAACAUUAGGUGUGCGUGCUACCACAUCAGCUCGUUGGUGUUGCACAGUAUUAAAAUGUGAAGUCUUGCAAUGCACAGGUUUUGAACAAACCACCACAACAGAGUGAGACGAAAACUUGUAUGAAAGUAAAAAAUGAAGAUAUCUGCCCCUUCUAAGUCAUGUUGUGUAUUUUGUACUUUUGGCAGACUAAACAAGCCGAGGGAUAGAUUAUAUCUGCAGCUUUAAACAUAAAUGUUUGAUUUAUUUAUUUACAUAGAGGCUGUAUAUCUGUUGAUUUUGUUGCACAAGUACAAAAAAUAAAAUAAAUUAAUAUAUGGGUUGUAUGUGGACAGAAGCAAACAUGACCACCGCUCUGUGGGGUUUGAAUAAAGCAUAGCAUUUGCACAGAAGUAUCUUCAAAUACUUACAGAUACUUAAACUUUCCUCAUGUACACUAACCCUGUUGCAGAGGCAGGUAGACUCGUCGUAGUUGUAUAUAUCUAUGGGAAAAAAGUUGCAAAUGAGAUUAAUGUGUAGUAGCUCCAUAAAAAAGUAAGUAGCAUCUAUAUCUAGAUGACUACUGAAAUAUAAUUGAUAUUUUGUAAAGUCAGAGAGUUUUGUGCACAAUUUGGUCUUUUUCUGUGUCAUUGUUGCUUUCUGUAUAUGAAAUGUUUUAUCACUGUGCAAACAGAAUAUUAAAAAAAAGAAUAUUUUGAAAUGAGAAAAGAUGCUGGGAGAAAUUAAGCACCAAUUUAUUUUUCAUGGCACCAAACAUCUUUUUAACCCUUUGGAUGCUAUAGCUGUUGUUGCGGAUGUGCAGCAAUAGAAAAUAAAGUUGAAUUUAUUGGGAUGUUCAUUUAUUUAUUUAUUUUUAAAACUACUACUAUUCAGUUUGGCAAUUAUCUAAAGUCUACUUCUUGUAAUUAUUAGUAGUUAUUUUCGUUUUUGCUCCUGAGUGACUGAAUUCAAUGAUGCAAGAUGUUAAGGACUUGUGGCAUGGAAGAAUAAAUCCACUAGCCGCGUUGAAAUUUAGAAAACAGUUGGAUUUCUCUACAGUUAAGUCUAGCUUUUUGUUUAAAAGACGACUUGAGAGGCUUGUUACUAGAGAACAGAGAGAGAAUGGAGAGAGAGCAAUGCUGUAGGUGUAAGAGUAAGUGUUUUUAUUGUGGCUGUUUCCAUACAGCUAAUGCAAAGUUGAAUAUUUUAACAUUUCCUAAAAAGUUAUUUUUGCAGUGUAUGGAAAACAGAAUGGCUUUAGCAGAUAAAAAGAUGUCGAUAGAAAGUAAAAGAAUGUAACAUGUUUGCAACUUAGAAAUUGAAAUCAGAAACAUUUUAGUGGUCCCUAACUUGUGAAAAUAGUCGCAUGUCAAAUUAAAAUAACUUCAAAAAGUUAUUUUCAGUACUUAGUCACUGUACACUUGAAAUAAGCAAAUUUAUUGAAGUGCUUAUUUCUGUUUAUUUGGAUUCUUACACUACUAAAAAAAUUAGAAAAAAUGUAAUUGAACACAGAAAUAUUAGUCUUCUGAAAAGCAUGUCCAUGUACUGCUGCUUUUGGACCUACCACAUCUUUUCCUUCCUCUCAAAUUUCUAAGAAAAAUUACUGACUUGACAUUUGGAGGGAAAACCUCAAAAGGUCAAGAUUGCUCACAGCACUGUAUCCGGCACAAUAAAUGGAAAGUUGAGUGAAAGGAAAAAGUCGGGGGAGAAACAGGGAUAUCUGUGGCUGCACAGAACUUCCUUUACAGAAUCUUGGAAGAAUUUGAAUAACUUAAACUUUUUUAGUUUCUUGGUUGCUAAACAGAAAUGUCAUGUUAGUCAAAGGUCAGCGAUCACGUCUUAUCCAGAGUUACAGGCAAGCGUUGGAUAGUAAAUGUUUGGGUGGGAUUAAAAAUAGAAAUUAACUUUGAGAAUAAAAUUAAUCGGAAGACUCAUCUUUCGUAUCUUAAUGAUUUUUUUUUUGGCUUUGGAUCCAAAACCGUCUUCCAUGCCAUGAUGAGAUGUUAUCUUGCUUUUGUGUUUUUUUCCUUUGAAUGUUGUUACUUUUAAUUUGCUGAAAAUGUCAUUAGCUUAGUAAAAUGUUCAUUAUCUAUGAUCUCUGAUCUGUGUAUAUGGUUUAAUCCCUUUUUUAAUUUCUGUAUCACAUUAAAAACACUGUCAGGAUGAUGUUUCUGUGACUUUGUUAUUUUCUUUUCCUUUGUGGACGACUAAAAGUGUCUCUUGUUUGAUUCUGAGAGUAACAGAGUUGAUCAAAAUGUUUUGUGGAAGCAAUCUUGUUACUGUAAAUGUUUAUUUUCUGUAUUAAUUAUGCAAUGCCACGCAUCUUGUGAGAAAAAUGUCUUUCUUUAGAAAGGGCCUACCUGAAAAACUGGAUUUUAACUAUUCUGUUGGUGUAAAACCUGACUGAGAAAAUUAUGUUGAAGUAAGCACUUUCAGUUCUCGAAUAAAUUUUAAAUGGUUUAAUGA